AUGACCAAGGAUAAAGGAACAUAUUGUAUAUUGUCUCUUGAUGGUGGAGGUGUUAGAUCAAUUUUAGAGACGACAAUAUUAAAGAGGAUAUUGGAUGCAUAUCCAAACUUCUUGGAUAAUGUCGAUUUGAUCACAGGCGCCUCUGCAGGUGGUAUUUUGGCAUUGGUGCUGGCCUCUGGCAAGACAACUGGCGAGACACAGACCUUCUUUAAGAAGAUCGCCCCAGAGAUAUUUCACAAGUCAUGGAUUCAUGAGAUCACUUCAUUGGACAGCGCUAUAGCACCUGCCUACACCAAUUCAAAGUUGAGACAGGGCCUGCAAGACGAGCUCGGAGACAUCACACUGGGCCAACUCAAGAAGAAGGUACUCAUUCCCAGCUUCCAACUGGACAACGAGUCCACAGCACACCUCCCAACACCACAACAGCAGGAUGAGAACAACAAACAUCACCAUGAGUCUGACAAGUUUGAGGACUUUGAAAUGGUACCUCGUAACAGUCCACAGGUGCAUCACAGAAGAUGGGUGCCACGUUUCUUCCACAACAUGAAGCAUUCAAAGACCAACUCACAUCCAGCUGUGGACGUGGCACUCAGGACAAGUGCUGCCCCCACCUACUUCCCAAUCUACCAAGGAUUCGUAGACGGUGGAGUCUUUGCCAAUAACCCAGCACUUUGCGCAAUCACCAGUGCAAUGUCCUCAGGCGUACCAUUAGAGAACAUCGUUGUGCUGUCACUGUCUACAGGUCGCGAUGGCAAAUACGUCUCACCAGAGAAAUAUGGAGGCGGUGAUUGGGGACUGGCGCAAUGGGCCCCAACACUCAUCGACAUGCUGUUGGACUCCAACGUUGAGAUCACCGACUACCAAUGCCACCAGUUGCUCGGUAUCAAGUACCACCGCAUCGACCCAUUGCUGCCGCGCGCCAUCGAUCUCGACCAGCCCAAGUACAUCCCAAUGCUAGAGAGCGUUGCCAACAAUGUCGAUCUUACAGACACGGUCUCAUGGAUCGAGAAGUUCUGGUUCAAUGCCAAGCCAGUCGAGGACCAGUUGGACAAGACACCGACCACCUCUCCAACCUCAACACACAUGAUGUGUUCUCUUCAAACUGAGGACCUUCUUGAUAUCACCGCCACUAUCGAACAAGCCAGCGGCGAUCAGGUGAUUGACAACAACAACAGCAACAAUAGUGAUGGAACGCAGUCCAAGCCCUACAAGUACAGCAGCUAUUGUUCAAUUAUGUAG